GUUCAAAAAUAUGUCUGAAGACAGGAGCAGGACCAGUGCUGGGAAGUCAAACUGUCCAAAGGAGCCCAACCAGCGCAAGGAGCAGAAGAACCAAGAUCGUAAAAGGGAACAAGAGCUGGAACGCAAGAGACAGGAACAAAAGAAACUCGAAAAGGACCAUGAGCGUCAGCGGGAGCAGGAAUUCCGGAACAGAGACAAGCGGGAACGGAAGCGGGAGAAGCAAGGCGAUACCUCCCAUAUGCAGGCCUCCUUUGGCGAAACCCCCGGCGAAAUGGAGAGACUCGACCUGGAGUUCGAGCAGGAAAUGGUCAAGUUUGAUCAGAAGCUCUGCAAUCUGAGCAUUCGUGCCAAAACGAUGGCCACCAUGUGGAAAGUUAAGCUCCGGGAGAAGCCUCACAACGCAGACGAGGCCCGAUCCCGGAAUAUCAUAGCUGCCCACUUGACCAAGUGCAGUGGGGAAGGUGUCUUCGAGAUGGAACCCUUUAACCGGGCUCCUCCGCCGCUGGACUUGGUUACUCUACGAAAUAAAAUGCAUCUGACGCGGGAAAGCCCUUGUCGGGCCAUCUCCCUAAAUGCCAAAAAGGAUCCACAGCCACACUUGUCCCAAUUAUUCUCCAGCUGCUAUGAUGGCGGGGAGUUUCUAAGCCAACUUCCUGUGCCACGUGAUGGAGCCUUCUUCAUCCUGCACAUGAGUCCCAAUUAGGUUUUAUU